AAAGAAGAAAAUAGAAAUUUCUUCUAAAACAAGACUUUAUUUCUUCAUCUUCUAUAGAGAGAAUUAGGCAUAUAAAGAAAGUUAGUUUGAUUUUUUUUGAUUUUGAGUUGGAGUUGUUAAGAUUCUGAUGUAAUACAAAGAAAAGACACUAAAAAAGAAACAUAAUAUACUCUUCAACUUUUUCGAAAUCUGUUUCUAGCUUUAUAUUUGUCUUGUUUUGAGUUUAUAUUUGGAUUCCAUUACUAACAGUUUUUAUGUUCUAAACACUCAUCUUCCUCGUCUCUAUACUCAUCAUGGAUCUGGCUUAACUCUCUACAAAUAUUUUAGAGACAAGAAAAUAUUUUCUUGACCAAGAAUGGCAGCUGAGAAACAGAGUUCCAAAGGGCAAGCAUGGUUUUGUACAACUGGGUUACCAAGUGACAUUGUAAUUGAAGUUGAAGAUAUGACCUUUCAUCUCCAUAAGUUUCCUUUAAUGUCAAAGAGCAGAAAACUUCACGAGCUAAUAGCAGAACAAGAAGCAAACACAGAAAUAAAAGCAAAACAAAACGAAGAACAAGAAAUAGAAGAAUCCGAACCUGAUGAAAUCGAGGAGGUUCACUGCCAUAUUACCCUCCCGGAUUUCCCGGGAGGUUCGGAGACAUUCGAAAUGGCCGCCAAAUUCUGCUACUCCGUGAAAAUAGAGCUCACUUCCUCCACCGUCGCGCCGCUCCGUUGCGCCGGAGAGUUUCUCGAGAUGACGGAAGAGUAUUCGGAAGACAAUCUGAUCUCCAAAACAGAGCGUUUUCUCUCACAAUCUGUACUCAAAAGCCUCAAAGAAUCAAUCAAAGCAUUAAAAUCAUGCGAGAAAGUAAUGUCUCUAGCAGAAACCCUAACCAUUACACAGAGAUGCAUUGAUUCAAUUGCUUCAAGAGCCUCAACUACUGAUCCAGCAGCUCUGUUUGGCUGGCCGGUUAGCGACGGAACAACUGAGAAUAAACCGUCCGCUACUUCAAACCAAGCGUUAUGGAACGGAAUUGAAUCCGCUGUCCGACGGAAAAAAUCUUCCGCUAUAGCCUCCGUCGCCGCCGGUAGAGGCGGCACUAAUGCAGAUUCCUGGCUUGAAUAUCUAUCGCUUUUGAGUUUGCCGUUAUUUAAACGGUUGAUUUUUGCAAUGAAAGAGAGAGAUCUGAGUCCGGAGAUUAUAGAGAGCUGUUUAAUGUACUACGCGAAAAAAUACAUUCCAGGCGUUUCAAGAUUGAAUCGGAAGCCACCGUUACCGUCAUCUUCUUCUUCAACUGUAACGGAGAAUGAACAGAGAGAAGUAUUAGAAACAAUAACUUCAAAUCUUCCGUUAGAGAAAAACAGCACCGCCGGAUCUUCAACGACAACAACUACGGCGACGAGGUUCUUAUUCGGUUUAUUAAGAACGGCAAACAUAUUAAACGCAUCGGAAUCGUGUCGUUUAGCUUUAGAAAGAAAAAUCGGUUUGCAGCUAGAACAUGCUACACUCGACGAUCUGUUAAUCCCUAGCUAUUCGUAUCUUAACGAAACUUUAUAUGAUGUUGAUUGUAUGGAGAGAAUUUUAGGUUAUUUUUUGGACGGAAUUGAAGAGAGAAAUACCGAGGUGGAAGAAGAAGGUGUUGAUCGGAAUGUGCGAACUCCGUCGUUGAUGCUGGUUGGAAAGUUAAUCGACGGUUAUUUAGCUGAGAUUGCUUCUGAUGCAAAUUUAAAACCGGAUAGAUUUUGUAACCUGGCGGUUUCUUUACCGGAGCAAGCUCGGCUUUUCGACGACGGUUUAUACAGAGCUGUUGAUGUUUAUCUUAAAGCGCAUCCAUGGAUAUCAGAGAAUGAGCGGGAAAAGAUCUGCGGAGUAAUGGAUUGCCAAAAGCUUACAUUAGAAGCUUGCACACACGCCGCUCAAAACGAGCGGCUACCGCUACGUGCGGUGGUUCAGGUUUUGUUUUUCGAACAGUUACAGCUGCGACACGCAAUCGCCGGAACUUUAAUAGCCGCCGAAGUAGCUCCGCUGCAGGAUCCAGCAAGACCGUCGGUGUUGAGAAGAGAACAGGAGGAAGUUGACGUGGAGGAAGGAGGAGGAGCAGAGGUGGCGGGAAGUAACACGUGGAGGAGCGCAGUGAGAGAGAAUCAGGUGUUGCGACUAGACAUGGAUAGCAUGAGGACGCGGGUGCAUCAGCUGGAAAGAGAGUGUUCAACGAUGAAGAAAGUAAUUGAGAAGAUUGAUACGGAGAGUGAGAGUACACGUGGCAGUGGAUGGAGAGGGUCAAUAACGAGGAAGUUUGGGUGUAAGUUUAAGAGUCAAGUGUGUGAUUCUCAUGAAUCAACGGCUGUGAAUGUAAGGAAAGGAAAACAACAUCAUCAUCACCAACAAUAGACAUUUUCUAGUACGUAAUCAUUAAUUUGUUUAUCUAGGAAUGGGCGUGUAUGAUUUGUUCUAGCUGGUACAUUGUAGUGUAAUUUAGUUUUGCCACGUAUGAGCUUCGGAAAAGCUGGAAUAAAAAUUGAAAGUGAACUUUUUUUCUUUAAA